CACACACACUUCCAUGUUUGUUUUGUUUUGUGACGAAACUUUCCUGAACUGAUUUUAUCCGUGUGUCAGAAAACAUUCAAGUAUCGCGGCAGGACUUAAGUGCGAGGAUAACCCGCAGUGACAUGGGGACAGAGUUUUGUCCGAGACUUUAGAGAUUAAAGCCGUUCCUAAGCCGGGGUUUCGGGAGGCCAUGGCGCUGUGGGAGCGGACGGACGUGGCCGUGUACGAGCAGGUGGUGGUGUUGGUGUCGUGCGCGCUCUCGGCGCUGGGCUCGGCGCUGGUUGUGGGCACGUACGCGCUGUGGCCCGACCUGAGAAGCACCCCGAGGCAGCUGCUAGUCUUCCUCUCGGUAGCUGACCUGCUCUCCGCUGUCUCCUACUCAUACGGAGUUUACAUGGCUUUUCACGCCAACACUUGGGACUGCGUGACGCAGGGAGCCGUGUCCACUUUCUCCAACACCAGCUCCUUCUUCUGGACCGUGGCCAUCGCCAUCUACCUGUACAUCUUCAUCGUCAAGGCCAGCCAGAGACUAGCAGACAGUUUGGUCCUGUACUUUCAUCUCAUCAGGUAUUGGGGUGUUCCCGUGGCGAUUACAGUGGCAGCUGUGUCCCUGCAGAAGAUCGGCUACGAUGCGUCCGAGGUGUCUGUUGGAUGGUGCUGGAUCAACAUUGAGGAAGACGAUCACGUGAUGUGGAUGCUACUGACUGGCAAGAUAUGGGAAUUGCUGGCUUAUUUGAUACUUCCUGUCCUUUACAUUCUCAUCAAGAGACACAUCCACAAAGCGCACGCAGCCCUAUCAGAGUACCGACCCAUCUUGGCCUGUAACCGACUUUCCCACUCAAUUCCUUCAAUGGCAGACAGAAAACUCACCCUCAUCCCAAUCAUCUUCAUCGUAUUGCGCAUAUGGAGCACUGUGCGCUUCGUGCUGCUGCUCAUUGACUCUCCUGCCAGACAGAACCCUGUGCUAGUCAUGUUACAUGGAAUCGGGAACACCUUUCAAGGCGCAGCAAACUGCAUCAUGUUCGUUCUGUGCACUCGGCCAGUACGCGCAAGACUAGCGGCUUUGCUGUGCUGCCUGAGCCACAACGCACGGAGCAACUCGGACGUCCCUUCCCAAUACACCUCUCGCACACGAUCACUUUCUCACACAGACAGGCACAGUGUCUCGCGCUUAGAGAGGGAUGAAAGCGAGGAUGAGGAGGAGUAGUAAGUUGAAGUAAGAACCCUACCCUGCGGCUUGUUGACCUUCAGCGCCCGAGCUAAAACACUGAGCUCAACUGAGCAGUCUGCAGCAUCUAGUGUCCUUUCUCGGGAACGUCAGUGAACUCUAAACUGAUGACCGCCAUGCUUUUGCACGAAGUAACGCAUGAAUGCGUGUGGAUAUCAAGUGCUCAAACUCCACUCAGGCAUUCGAGGUUGAAAGAAGACUACAGUCACAUCCUUUGGUCUCUUAGAGUCUAAGUAAACUUUAUGGUCACAGUAUAGCAAUGCCAUUUUGCAUGCUGGCACUUUUUUUUCUCUUUACUUAAUCUUCAGCUCAGGGAUGUGAGGAUUUAGAGGUCAUUUAUAAUUUACUGACCAAAACACUGAACAUACUGUGAACACGUUACUCAAAUACUGCACACCUCAAAGCGCAAAGUGCCUUGUAACAGACUGACAUUGUAUUUGAAAUUCUGUUUUAAACAAAGUUAAGAUAUGCAGCAUGUUCUUAUUUAACAUAUAUUCUAUUUAACAUAAUGUUGAAAUCUCUGGUUUCUGGUGAAAUCUACAAGAUUUACUGCACCAGAUUUGUUUAGGCUAAAAGGGUUGUGGCUUUUACAUAGUACAUGUUCUUGAUUUGCAAAGAUAUUUUUAUGUAGGUUAUUUUUUUUAAAUUCAAGUAAAGUUCUAUAAACCAAG